GUUCGGAGAUUUUCAUUUUUAUUUCGAAGGAAACAAGAAUCCACGAGAAGAAUGAAGUUGAUGUGGGUUUCGGAUCAUCGGUUGGUGGCGUUCAGCAUUGUUUGUUGCCUCUGUCUUUCUCUGCAACUCACAAAGGGUUAUAUAGAUUCAAAUGCUGGAAGAACUCUGAACCAGGAGCAGGGUGAUAAUCAUCGAAUACAUUGCUCUAGAGAAAGAAGUAGAGCAGCUUGGAAGAUCAUUCAAGAGUAUUUGAUGCCCUUUGUGGAGAAAGAAAAAUAUCAUAUCUCAAGAAAAUGUAGGUUUCACCCUGACAAUGAUAUCUACAGAGAUCAGGAACAACAUAAAUUUCACAUAGAUAUAAAUGAGUGGCAGUGUGGGUUCUGUAAGAAAAGUUUCUAUGAAGAGAAACAUCUUGAUCAGCAUUUUGACAACAGACAUUCUGAUUUACUUAAUUUGAAUGAAAGCCGGUGCUUAGCAGAUGUAUGUGGUGCACUACACUGUGACCUUGAAAUGAAUUCUGGGUCAAAAAAAUCAAAGUGCAAUCCUGCUGCUGCUGCUAGAAAUAAACAUCUGUGUGAGAGCUUAGCAGAUAGUUGUUUUCCUGUUAACGAGGGCCCUGUGACAAGCCGACUGCAUGAAUUUUUCUUGCACCAAUUCUGUGAUGCACACAGCUGCACUGGAAGUAGGAAACCUUUCUCCAGAGGGCGCAGGAAGAAAACAAAUGUGUUCUACAUAGUUGCCUCCAUUUUGCUUGUGAUGCUGUUGCUACUUUACUAUCUCUACAUUUACUUAUAUCAGAGAGGAAUGAAAAGGGAAGCUCAAGUGCUGAAGCGUAUCUCACAAACCAGCCGAAAGAAAAAGCCAUCUUAAUUGGCAGAAUUUUUCCUAUAGAAGUUCUCAACCUACAUUUUCAGAAAGUAAAAGUUUAGCUAAUGAAUACAGCGAGAACUGCACUUGAAGUCCAAUUUACACCGUCCUGCUAUUUGCAACUGGAAGUUGAAGGAAGAAAGAGGUCGCCAACUUCAUGUGACAUCUGUUUUUCUAAUUUGUAAUACUAAUUCUUUGUAAACUGAGUUGUGAAAAAAAAAAAAAAAAAGGGAUCUGCUACUUGCAUUUGAUUGUGCAUGACAUCACUAACAAGAGGAAUAACGUGUACCUCUACAUUGUAUUCUCUAAAUUUGUUUACAAA